AUGUUAUGGAUUUUAGCAUUAAUGCAGACAGCCUAUGGAAUACCUUGUGGAUACACUUUAGAUGAAAAUAACCUACCCAUAGAAACUGAUAAGGAGCCAUGGAUUAAUGAAAAAAUGAGUGCAUGUCGAUUCUAUGAUAAUUCUCCUGUUUGUUGCACUCAAUCAUAAGAUGAAGGAAUUGGAAACGAUUUUGUCUCAUUAGAUGCCACUUUUGGAAGUGAUGGCGAUGGAUGUGAUAUGUACAAAUCAAAACAAGUACAAUAGUUGUGCAGCCAACAUGAAAAGAUUUUGGUGCGCAUAUUCAUGUGAUCCAAGAUAGGGGGAAUUUCUUAAAAUUACUGGCAGAGCUAAUGUCACUGACCCAAGGAAUCCCAACCGAACCAUUGAUGUUUAGACUGUAACUUUGCGUAUUCAUCCCUAAGUGGCAUGUGUAAAUACAUUUCAUUAAAAUAAGGAUGUAUUUUCUUCUUGUUAAAGAACGAACUUUGCUUCCCAAGUCAGUGCCAUGCAAACACCUGGUGGAUUCUUCACUUUCUAGGCUGAAUAAGGAGUGUAUGAAGAUUCUAUAUAUCCUUAGAUCUACCUCUCUUUAAUUGAUCGCUAUUGAAUUCUCGGAAUAAGAUUCUUUGCUCAUGCCUAACAUUGACAAUUGUAAUCAAACAUUUGAAAUGGCUGAUGAUGGUAAAUUCUAUGAUCCAUACCAAUUUGAAAUCAAAAAGCCUUGUGGUUGUAAUACUUGUGAAGACUCUUGUGAUUCUCAGAAGGUUUUGUAUCAAGAACCAGGUUAGAUUCAAUAUUUAUGAGUAGGAGUUUUUUAUGGAUUUGAUUGGCAAUAUGUAUUGUUUGCAUGGGGUUGGGCAAUUUUAUUUGCGAUUGGUUUCACUCUUUACAGAUAAUGCAAGAGAAAGAACGCUGUUAUUCAAUAAGAGGAGGCAGACUCUAUUUAUAUUUGA